GGGGGACGCCUCGCGCGGUGGCGGUGGGGGGGGAGCGGGAGCCAUGUUGUCCCGCGGCUCCAUCGAGAUCCCUCUGCGGGACACGGACGAGGUCAUUGAACUUGACUUCGAUCAGCUACCAGAGGGAGAUGAAGUUAUCAGUAUCCUUAAGCAGGAACAUACCCAGCUUCACAUAUGGAUGGCCUUGGCGCUUGAAUACUUCAAGCAAGGAAAGACAGAAGAUUUUGUGAAACUGCUUGAAGCUGCCCGCAUAGAUGGCAACUUGGAUUACAGAGACCAUGAGAAGGAUCAGAUGACCUGCCUGGACACCUUGGCCGCUUACUAUGUGCAACAAGCUCGUAAAGAAAAGAACAAAGAUGCCAAGAAAGAGCUUAUUACGCAGGCCACCCUGCUCUACACCAUGGCUGACAAAAUCAUCAUGUAUGAUCAGAACCACUUGUUGGGAAGAGCCUGCUUCUGCCUGCUCGAGGGCGAUAAGAUGGACCAAGCCGAAGCACAGUUCAACUUUGUGCUCAACCAAUCCCCUAAUAAUAUCCCAGCACUUUUGGGCAAAGCUUGUAUCUCUUUUAAUAAGAAGGAUUAUAGAGGUGCACUGGCGUAUUACAAGAAAGCACUUCGAACCAACCCUGGAUGCCCAGCUGAAGUGCGGUUAGGUAUGGGCCAUUGCUUCGUCAAGCUGAAUAAACUGGAAAAAGCUCGCCUGGCAUUUGGAAGGGCUCUGGAGCUUAAUCCUAAAUGUGUCGGAGCAUUGGUGGGAUUGUCUGUCCUGGAACUGAAUAACAAAGAGGCUGACUCUAUCAAAAAUGGUGUGCAGCUAUUGUCCAGAGCCUACACCAUAGAUCCCAGCAACCCUAUGGUGUUGAAUCACCUCGCCAACCACUUUUUCUUCAAAAAGGAUUACAGUAAAGUGCAACACUUGGCUCUUCAUGCCUUCCAUAACACCGAGGUGGAAGCCAUGCAAGCAGAAAGCUGUUACCAGCUAGCUCGGUCCUUUCAUGUACAGGGUGACUACGACCAAGCUUUUCAGUACUACUACCAAGCCACUCAGUUUGCGUCCACCACCUUCGUCCUGCCUUUCUUUGGCCUGGGACAGAUGUAUAUAUACCGAGGGGACAAGGAGAACGCAGCGCAGUGCUUUGAGAAGGUCCUCAAGGCUUACCCCAACAAUUAUGAAACAAUGAAGAUUCUCGGUUCACUGUAUGCCACCUCUGAGGAACAGGAGAAGCGAGAAGUUGCCAAGGGGCAUCUCAAAAAAGUGACUGAACAAUACCCAGAUGAUGUAGAAGCCUGGAUUGAGCUGGCUCAGAUCCUUGAACAGUCAGAUAUACAGGGUGCCUUAUCGGCCUAUGGCACAGCAACGCGUAUUCUUCAAGAGAAAGUGCAGGCUGAUGUCCCUCCUGAGAUUCUGAACAAUGUGGGCGCACUUCACUUCAGACUGGGCAACCUGGGAGAAGCCAAGAAAUACUUCUUGGCUUCUCUCGAUCGUGCCAAGGCAGAAGCUGAGCAUGAUGAACAUUACUACAAUGCUAUCUCGGUGACAACCUCAUAUAACCUGGCCAGACUGUACGAAGCCAUGUGUGAAUAUCAUGAAGCAGAAAUUCUGUACAAGAAUGUUUUAAGAGAACAUCCAAAUUAUGUGGACUGCUACUUACGCUUGGGCUGCAUGGCAAGGGACAAAGGAAACUUUUAUGAAGCCUCCGAUUGGUUUAAAGAAGCUCUACAAAUCAAUCAGGAUCAUCCAGACGCGUGGUCCUUGAUUGGGAACCUUCACUUAGCCAAACAGGAAUGGGGUCCAGGACAAAAGAAGUUUGAGCGGAUCUUGAAGCAGCCAUCAACGCAGAAUGACACCUACUCCAUGCUGGCCUUGGGCAAUGUUUGGCUUCAGAUGCACCAGCCAACUAGGGACCGAGAGAAGGAGAAACGCCACCAGGAUCGAGCAUUGGCCAUUUACAAACAAGUGUUGAGGAACGACCCAAAGAACCUGUAUGCUGCUAAUGGCAUAGGAGCUGUAUUGGCACACAAGGGCUACGUCCGAGAGGCUCGGGAUGUGUUUGCCCAGGUCAGAGAGGCUACAGCAGAAAUCAGCGACGUCUGGCUAAACCUUGCACAUAUCUACGUGGAACAGAAGCAGUAUAUUAGUGCUGUACAAAUGUAUGAGAAUUGUUUGAAGAAGUUCUACAAACACCAGAACACCGAUGUGCUGCUGUUCUUAGCCAGAGCUUAUUUCAAAUGCAGCAAACUUCAGGAGUGCAAACAGACUUUGCUGAAGGCCAGACACGCAGCUCCUAAUGACACCGUGCUCAUGUUUAAUGUGGCCUUAGUGCUGCAGAGACUCGCUACCUCUGUGCUGCGAGAUGAAAAGAGCAACCUGAAGGCCGUGUUGAACGCUGUCAAAGAGCUGGAACUUGCUCAUAGGUAUUUCAAGUAUCUGAGCAACGCUGGAGAUAAAAUGAAAUUUGAUUUGGCGCAAGCUGCUGCUGAGGCCAGGCAGUGUUCUGAUUUAAUGAGCCAGGCUCAGUACCACGUGGCCCGUGCUCGCAAACAGGACGAAGAAGAUCGGGAGCUGCGCUCCAAACAGGAACAGCAGAAGGAACAACUCCGAAUGCAGAUGGUUAAAGAACAGGAGGACAAGAAGCAGAAGGAGCUGGACGAACAGCGCAAGCUGCUGGAGCAGCGCAGUCAGUUCUUGGAGAAAACCAAAAGCCUUCUGGUGUUCAACGACGAAAUGGACACUCCAAAGGAGAAGAAGAAAGGCGGCAAGCGGGUGAAGAAGGGGGAGUUCGAAGAGUUUGUCAAUGACGACUCGGACGAAGACCUUCCCAUGCCCAAAAAGAAGAAGAGGGUCCGAGGUAGUGGUAGCGAACAGGAGGGAGGCGAGGAGGACGGCGAUCAAAAGAGAAAGAAGAAAAAGAGGAGAAGACCACAGAGGGGUGCGGAGGAGGGCAGCGAUGACGAAGGUGGCACCAAACCUAAGAAACCACGGCGACCAAAAGCAGGAGAGCGCAAGAAGAAAGAGAAGCCUGAGCGCCCUCCUAUGAAGGGCAAAAUCAAGUCCAAAGCGAUCAUUUCUUCCAGCGAUGACUCUUCUGAUGAAGGAGCUCUGAAAAUAGCUGAAGGAAACGCACGAGACAGUGGAUCAGAUGGAGAGGAAUCCGCAGACAAGGCUAGGAAACGCCUUGUUUCCGAGAGCGAGUCUGAGGAGGAUCGACGCCGCAACAAGUCAGACAGCGACGCGGGCAGCCGGUCUGGAAGCCAGCACUCCGAGAGCGGGAGGUCAGCCAACGGGCGGCUACAGUCCAGCGGCUCAGAGCAGUCUGACAACGAGUCCGUGCGCUCCAGGAAAAGCCACUCCGGCAGCUCGCGGGGAAACGAGUCGCCCGCGGCUUCCCAAACCGCCAACGACUCGGACCAGCAGGGAUCCGACAGGGCGUCCGACAACCAGGCCUCGGCCCCGGCAUCGCCCGCGGGAUCCGAACAGGGAUCCGACGUGGAAGCCCCCUACCGUGGGUCACCGCCUCCUGCCAGAUCGGACGACGACAGCGAAUAAUCUCAAUAGACUUUACUUCCACUUUCUUCUCACCGGUUCACAGAGCGUCUGUCUGGCUGAGCCUGGCCCCGUCAGACAGGAAAGCCGAGAGAAAUAACUUUGUUUUUAUAGCUGUGAACAUUUUCGGUUUCAUUUUUUUCUUUACACUUUUUUUUUCCUCGCAACGGAUGUACGUGACACCUACUUGUGAGACCUCGCUUCCAUUUGUUUUUUGUUUGUUUGUUGUCGCUGUUGGUGCGUUUUGCACCAGGGAUAACGGCGGCUGCAUCAGCGGUGGUUUUCCAACCCGAGUACCACUCUUAACGUCCUGAAAUUAUGUUGUCUUAAGAGAUAAAAAAAAAAGUGGUACAGACUGGAGGCUGGUUCGUGGGGACGGAAGCGAGUAAAUCUUUUUAGGAAACAUGGACUUCUGGAGUUCUUGAGAAAUGUGAUCUAUGACACUUGAACUCCACCCCCCCACCCCACCCUCUGUAAAACCAGCUGAUGCAGCAUUUGUUAAAUAAAAGUUCACACUAAAACAGGUGUUGCUUUAAAUGCCUAGUUACGGGCCUCAGAGCUUCACACCUUUAACAAAUUAACAUUCAAAGAGCGCAAAAUGACCAUUAAAAAGAAAGCCAUUGGAAAGAAAAA